AGAGUAAAUAAGCGUCCACUCUCGUCGUCAUUCCCGUAGGAAAAGUAGGCCUUCCCGGCUUUAAAACCGUGACCCGUACAAAACUGCAACCGGCAACAUCACGGCAAGCUCCUGCAAUUAAGAUUACGGAAAAUGUUUUUAGUAACCUAAGGGAACGAACAUAUUCAACCAGCAUUCAGCAAGCGGUUGGAAACAUCAACCUAAAAAAUAUGUGAAACGUUUUGUGUUAAAUUUUUCGAUUUUGUUUUGCCCGAAACAUAAAACUGAGUCUGAAAAUGGCUGAGGAGGGAACGGUCCUGCCGGCUACGACCGCGGAAUCGAGGAAGAUUAACGCAAUCGAUAAGGAAACGGUGCACAAAAUAUGCUCCGGCCAGGUGGUUCUGAAUUUAGCGAUCGCUGUUAAGGAAUUGGUGGAGAAUUCUCUCGAUGCGGGCGCUACACUGGUCGAGGUGAAACUCCGCGAGCACGGUUCGGAGCUGGUCGAGGUCGCAGAUAACGGAAGCGGCGUGGAAGAGAAAAACUUUGAAGGAUUGACGGCCAAGUACCAUACGUCGAAGCUUAAGGAGUUUACGGACCUUGAAUCGAUCGAAACAUUCGGUUUCCGGGGCGAAGCGCUCAGUUCACUCUGUGCCUUAUCGGAUAUGGUCAUAGUGACGCGCCACAGUACGGCAAAUCAUGCCACCAAGCUAACGCUGAAUCACGAAGGGCGCAUACAGCGUAAGGAACCAUGCGCCCGCCCCCUCGGUACGACUGUUACGCUUACCAACCUAUUCUCGACACUACCCGUGCGAAAGAAGGAGUUUCAGCGUAACAUCAAGCGUGAGUUCUUGCGUAUGUGCCAGAUCCUGCAAGCCUACUGUCUGGUCUCGGUGGGAGUGCGCAUCAUUUGCACGAAUCAGAGCGCCAAAGGAGCCAAAUCGGUCAUCAUGAGCACGCCCGGUUCACAACGCGUGCUCGAUAAUGUCACGGCGCUGUUUGGGCCACGGCAAACGGCCGAUCUGCUGGAGCUGAAGCCAGCGAUCGGAAGCAACGGGAAAAUCCAGGAUUUGGACGAGAGUGAUUUCGACGAAAGUCUGGCGCUCACACAGGAAGAGGUAGACAACUUCAAUCUCUCGCAGUACACGAUCGAGGGUUACAUCUCGAGCUGUGCGCACGGUGCUGGGCGUAGCAGCAAGGAUCGACAGUUUUACUUCGUCAACUCACGGCCCUGCGAACCCCGGCAGAUCAGCAAGCUCAUCAACGAUGCGUACCAUCGCUACAACGUUCACCAGCAACCCUUCGUCUAUCUCAACCUCAAACUCGAUCGAUCGGAGGUGGACGUGAAUCUGACACCCGACAAACGGAUGGUGCUGAUGAACAAGGAGAAGAUCAUCAUGCUCGCGGUUCGCAAAUCGAUCAAGAAAACGUUCGGUAACGUGCCGUCCUCUUUCAAGGUACAGAAUUUGAAUCUCAGCGAUUCGAGUCGCCUCAUGAAUCUCUCGCUGCCUUCGGAUAAGGAGGGUGAUGAGGACGAAGCGGAGGAUGAGCUGGAGAAGAAGGGGAUUGACAGUUGCAGCGCCAGCGAAAUGCAGUUCACCUUCGAGGUUCCGAAAGCAAGUGGUUCUGGUACGGGUUUGAAGCGUAAACGAACUGGAACGUCUAAUGGUUUGCAGAAAAUAUCAAAUUUUCUCGGAACCACAUCAACAACCUCUGCCAGUGCCGGCGACUCUAGUGGACAAAAUGACUCGAUGUGUGAUGAGGAGCACCGGACACGAUCGAUCAAAAUGAUAAAGAAUGAAGACAAUCCUUACGAUCUAACGAUUCUACGUCCGGAAUCAGGAAGUGAACUACCUACUGAGAAACCAACUCAAUCAGCUGAAGAACAUGAAUCCGUUCGUGUUAUAAGAUGCACUCAAACAGAACUUCCUGCUUCGGCUACGGAUGUGCUACCUCCAACGUCACCAUUAUUGACGAGAGAACUCAUCAGCGGAGGAACCUCCUCACAGGAGUCCGUGUCCCAGAUGGUAUCAAAACUCAGCUGUACCGUCGAGCAAACGUCUUCGAGCGAAUCGAUUGCACUAUUUGAUGCAUCUCGGAAUGAAGGAAGUGCAAUUAAACAAGAAUUAAGCGACUGUAUGAACGGCGAAACAAUCAUAAUCGACGAGGCUCCAUCCGACGAGGAGGAUGAGCAAGAUGAGUUGCGCAAACGCAACCAUCACCAGCUUCUGGUAUCGCUUGACACCCUGGAACCACUGAUCGAGCGUGAAAAUAAAUUGCAAGCGGAAAAGAUCGCAAACCGGUGCUCACUAACCCGGGUCCGGUUCAAGAGCAAGAUCAAUCCAACCAGCAACAAGGCGGCCGAAAACGAGCUGCAGACGGAAAUAACGAAAGCCGAUUUCGCGGCAAUGAAAAUCGUGGGCCAGUUCAAUCUUGGUUUUAUCGUAUGUCGUCUCGGUGAUGAUUUGUUCAUCGUCGAUCAGCAUGCUACGGAUGAGAAGUACAACUUUGAGGAUCUGCAGCGUACCACGGUAUUGCAGAAUCAGCGCUUGGUGGUAGCGCAGCCCCUCGAAUUGACGGCGGUCAACGAGAUGGUCCUGAUCGACAAUCUGGAUGUGUUCGAGAUGAAUGGGUUUAAGUUUGAGAUCGAUGGUGCCGCUGAAACGACACGCAAGGUGCGGCUCAUUGCCAAACCAUUCAGCCGGAACUGGGAGUUUGGCAAAGAGGAUAUCGAUGAGCUGAUCUUUAUGCUGCAGGAUGCACCUGGAACGGUGUGCCGGCCAUCACGCGUACGUGCCAUGUUUGCCUCCCGUGCCUGCCGUAAAUCGGUCAUGAUCGGUACGGCGCUGUCGGUGCGCGAAAUGGAGCGUCUCGUGCGCCACAUGGGCGAGAUCGAGCAACCAUGGAACUGUCCACACGGGCGACCCACGAUGAGACAUUUGGUGAAUCUUGCGAUGAUCAAUCGUGUCACGGAACCAGAUGAGUCAUAAUCACAGCCAAGUGACGCCGAAUAUUGUGCGAUCGUGUAAAUAAAGCCCGAAGAGCCAUUUGGC